GGCGUGCGGAGCCCGGGCCGGGGUCCCUGCUGCCGUGACGGGCCCCCGGGGUCGGCUCGUGCAGCCAAACCUGCCGUGGUCUCCGCGGGAGAAGGGCGGUCGGGCCGUGAGAGCCUUUUCCGAAAGCGCAUUUGCUGGCAUUUCUGACGCCUGGCUUCCCCAUGGUGGCAAACGGGUCACUGUCUCCGAUCCCCACAGAUGUUUAUCUUCCUAAGUUGGAUGGUAGCUUUUUAGAGGGUGGUGACCUCAGUUAAAGGAUCUUUAGUUUCUUUGACUCAUUGGUUUGGGCUAAAUGAAACGUGGGGCUCACAUUUGUCUGAUGCAGUUGACUGUUGAGACCUUUUAAAUAACAGAUGCCUUUGAGAACCCAAAGCUCUGGGUCCUGUCCCUGUGCGUUUGCAAAAGUGGCAGCGACAGGCAUGCAGUGACAGGGCUUGGGGGCGCUCUGAGCCCAUCCACAAACCUCAGGGGUGUGAACCCCGAGUUAAGAGCUGGUUUGGAGGGAGGCUCAGGCUUUGGGGUCAGACUUGGCAUAUGGCGCCACCAUUUACCAUGGUUAACUUGCGUGAGUUACCUGAGCAAUUUUACUAAGCUUUUUUACUAGUUAAAGUGGAACUAACCAACCUGCAGGAUUGUGGAGAUGGAAUGAAAGAAGAAGCUACUUAAGGCACUUAGCACAUUGUAGGCACUCACUGAGUGACAGCUGACAGAUGUCUAUUUUUAUCCCAGGGAAGGUCAUUUAAAACCUGAAAGGAAAUUUUAAUGUCAUUAUUAUAAGAGGCUCACCACGUAUAUUUUGCUCAGAUUUCUAAUAAAGAACUUGGCUGUGUUGUCCUGCCUCAGAGAAGAAACUCCUCUUGCAGGCCUUGCCUGGGUUGCAGCCUUUGAGAACAGGGGAAGGUCGGCACAAUAUCAACCACAACACAGCAUGGGAUUUCCGGAGAGGUCUUAUUUCAAGACUUCGUAAAGAACAAGAACCACAUGGACUUCUGCAUGGGAAAUUGAACUGGCCCGAGUCUGAGGGGAAGGAUAAUGUGUGCCCAACCUGUAACUAACACCACGGAGAUCAGGUGGCAGAAAGUCUUAUAUGAGCGACAGCCCUUUCCUGACAACUACGUGGACCAGCGGUUCCUGGAAGAGCUCCGGAAGAACAUCCAUGCCCGGAAAUACCAGUACUGGGCUGUGGUAUUUGAAUCCAGCGUGGUGAUUCAGCAGCUGUGCAGUGUCUGCGUUUUUGGGGUCAUCUGGUGGUACAUGGACGAGGGUCUUCUGGCCCCUCACUGGCUUUUAGGGACUGGCCUGACUUUGUCACUGAUUGGCUAUGUUUUGUUCGAUCUCCUUGAUGGAGGUGAGGGACGGAGGAAGAGUGGGCGGACCCGGUGGGCUGACCUCAAGAGCGCCCUGGUCUUCAUUACUUUCACGUACGGUUUUUCGCCCGUGCUGAAGACCCUGACAGAGUCUGUGAGCACGGACACCAUCUACGCCAUGUCAGUCUUUAUGCUCUUGGGCCACCUCAUCUUCUUCGACUAUGGUGCCAAUGCUGCCAUUGUGUCCAGCACCCUGUCCUUGAACAUGGCCAUCUUUGCUUCUGUCUGCCUGGCCUCACGCCUGCCCCGGACCCUGCAUGCCUUCAUUAUGGUGACAUUUGCCAUCCAGAUUUUUGCCCUGUGGCCCAUGUUGCAGAAGAAACUGAAGGCAUGUACUCCCCGCAGCUAUGUGGGAGUCACACUGCUCUUUGCAUUCUCAGCCUUGGGGGGCCUGUUGUCCAUUAGUGCGGUGGGAGCCACCCUCUUUGCACUUCUGCUGGUGUCCAUCUCCUGCCUCUGCCCUUUUUACCUCAUUCGCCUGCAGCUUUUUAAAGAAAACAUUCAUGGGCCUUGGGAUGAGGCUGAGAUCAAAGAAGACUUGUCCAGGUUCCUCAGCUAAGUGAGGGAACUCCAUUCUGUUAUUCAGGCAAGCUGACAGACCAGCCCGCCAACUAGGAUCCCAUCGAAGGCGGAGUUCCGUUCUGGAAGCAGCAGGCUGAUGUGGUGGGAGAACAGAGAUCCAGAGAAGAAGUGAGCCAAAGGCUUUGGUGGUGAAGGUGCUGUCCUUUCUGUCGUUUGGUGGAUGUAAAAGCUUUCUGGGGCCCUCAGGCAUGGUUACCUCCCAUGUCUUACUCACUGUAACAAAUGAAGUGAUGUGGUUUCUAUUUAUUAAAAACUAACAACAUAUCCAGCAAA